AUGAAGCAGUAAUCCGCGAGUUAACCGCCAUAAAACCCGAAGAAGAAGAGGAAUGCGGAACUAACCGAGUCCACAACGCUAACACACACUAACACUGAACAUUCAUCUGUGCGAAAGUGUAUUUGAAGCCUGAAACGGCAGUGUUUAUCUCAUGUGUGUGUGAGCCGCUGGCUGGAGGAUAUGCGCAGGUGUGAUGGAAGGCAGCGUGUGUUUGGACGGAUCUAUGGCUCCAGAUGAGGACUCUCUGAUUGAAGGAGUGAGCGACCCGGUCCUGCUGGUGCUGGUGCUCAGCCUCACCUUUCUGGUGGGUCUGGCGACGCUGCUCUGCAGGAACGAGCAGCAGAGGAUUCACCCGGACAAUCAGGAGCAUGUGCGUGUGGUCCGAGAGCAGCUUCAGUCAGAGCAGCUGUCGUCGUCGGAGUCCAGGCAUCAGUUUUACUCGGACAUGUCGUGUCCCGUGUGUCUGCAGCAGGCCGUUCUGCCCGUCGAGACCAACUGCGGUCAUCUGUUCUGCGGGCCGUGCAUCAUCGCGUACUGGCGUUACGGGACGUGGCUCGGAGCCAUCAACUGCCCCAUCUGCAGACAAAUGGUGACCCUGCUUUUCCCGCUUUUCCAAGACACGGGGCGCAGCGCUCAGACGCAGGACGGUCAGGUCGAACCCGCGCUGAUCCUCAGCGACAUCAACGACUACAACCGCCGCUUCUCCGGCCAGCCGCGCUCCCUGCUGGACCGUCUGAGGGACGUCCCGACGCUGCUGCGGCACGCCUUCAGGGAGAUGUUCUCCGUCGGCGGUCUCUUCUGGAUGUUCCGCAUCCGGAUCCUGCUGUGUGUGCUGGGCGCUCUGACCUACCUGGCCUCGCCGCUGGACUUCAUCCCCGAGGGCGUGGUGGGGCUGCUGGGCUUCAUGGACGACUUCUUCGUCAUCCUGCUGCUCUUCAUCUACAUCUCCAUCAUGUACCGCGAGGUGGUGACGCAGCGGCUAGCCGGAUGACCUCUGACCUCUGCUGCGCUGCUUUAGCUUCUGCUCGCUAGAGCUCUGCUGCGUCCCGCUUCAUCAGCUGAAGAGUCAACGCAUUCGUUUCAUAAGAACACUUCCCAUUAAACCUCAUGGUGUUCUGGGUUCAGCGCAGCGUGAAGAAGAAUCCAGAGUGUGAGCUGAUAAUCCAUCGAAACGUGCUGAGAGACUGUUACAGAUGUGUGUAAUAUGAUAGAGCUGGAAUACAACACACGGACUCGAGCUGCAGGUGGACGUUUGUACGUCUCACACACACACUCGCGCACACACACACACUCACACACUCACUCACUCACACACACUCACUCACUCACUCACACACUCACACACACACACACACACACACACACCUGCGUCUUCAGUCUGUCAUUUUCUCUUGACGAAGCUCCGAUGGUGUCAUUCAAACAGGGCUGAUCUCUGCAUUAAAGAAAGAGAUUCUACAAAAUGAAAUUUAGCUCCGAGUUCAUCUGUGUUUUUCUGAAGUGUUAUAAAUGAGCCUUUGUUAUAUUAGAGUUACAGAAGCAGAUAAACAGCUGGAGAACUGCAGAAUAACACGUUAAAUAAAGCACUAAGGCCGUUCUGGUGAUUUGACCAAGGCCUGCAACCUCCUGAGUCACGGUAAAAUGACUAGAAUGCAUUUUGGGAGUAUUGGAAGAAACAGCCUUAAAUCUGAAGCAGAACUUAGUUAAACGUUUGGCUUGAUUUCCACUGCGUUUCAGAGCUCAUUCCCCCCCUUCAUGUUUAAUUAUGAAAAAUCACUUUCAGUCUGUUUGAGCUUCUCUGAAUCUGUGCCUGAAGCAGAAGAAGAGCCGGGAACAGCAUACACACAGGUUUGUUUACAAUACAGUCCCUUCAUUUAUCCUUCUCACGUUCAGCCCCAGAAAACUGUUUAUGAUUCAACACCGUGUUCUUUGGCUCUGUUGAGCAGAGACGGGAGCGGGAUCAUAGAGGCAAACUCCUCCCCUUUCAGUGACAACACAUCUUUAGAUCAAAAAACAAGGGUCAAUAAA